AUAGAAUUUACUGUCUAAUAUUUUUAUAAUAGAAUAUACUGACUACUUCACUUUAUAACGUAGAUUAUUUCGAAACAUGGCCACUUUAGAGGACAAGAUCUUAGGAGAAAAACUGCAAAACUACUGUAGCAGCAGUGAAGAUGAGGGUGAUGAAGAUAGCCGAAGCGGUGACGAGGAAGGUAAUGUUUCAAAAAUGUGUCCAGUUAGCGCAGAACCUCCACCCAUUAAUAAUUGGAAUGGGUCUGCUACCAAUACUGGGCCAAAAGGCGUGCUAGAAGAUUGGAAAAGAUUUAAGGAGCUAGAAGCUCAAAAUCGUGAAGAAUUAGCUAAAGAGCGUAUUGCACUAGCAAAGAAACUUACACUCACCGUAAAAACUGCGCGCGAAGAGGAUGAAGAAAAGGAAGUCGACGAAUUAGAGGAAGAAUUAAACGAAUUAAUUGAUGAAGGUUUCUUGAUGAAAUACCAGCAACAGAGAAUGCAAGAACUAAUGUCUCAGUUACAAAAAGUACCUAAGUUUGGAAAGCUGUUGACAUUAAAGAGUCGGGAAGAAUUCUUGAAUGCUAUUGAUAAAGAGGAUAGCAAGGUUAAAGUUAUUAUUCAUAUUUACAGCAACGGUGUAAAGGCUUGCGAGACUAUGGACGGAUGUCUUAGUAUAUUGGCUUCUGAUUAUCCAACUGUGAAGUACUGUCGUAUAGCUGCUGAUAUUACUGGAUUGAGUCGUCAUUUCCGCAUCGAUGGUGUGCCAGCGUUACUUGUAUAUAAAGGAGGGCAAAUCAUUGGUAAUUUUGUUAAACUUGCCAAUGAGCUUGGUGAAGACUUCUUUGCAACCGAUGUUGAGAAAUUUCUUAUAGAAUAUGGAAUGCUAACAGAAAAUUAACUUUUUUACAAUAAUAUAUUAUAUGUAAGAACACUGUCUAAUGCCACCGUCACAAAACAUCACUGUACUUAAUAGAAAUAUAUUUCAUUUCAACAUUUAAUAUAUUAAAAUAUUUAAACAUAAUGUCUAAUUAUAAAUAAAGUUUAAGUAAUUUGUUCAGUAAAUAUUAUGGACUCAUCUAAUUAAAUUAAGUAAAUUGUAUCACUGCAAUAUGAAAACAAUAUAUAAGAUUGCAUUUUAUAUUAUAGAUAUAGCAUUUUUGUAUUAGGCUUUAAUAUGUGUCUAUGUAAAGAUAUAUUUAAACACAAUUUGAUUAAUUAUAUAACAUUAUUUUCCUUGUUGUUUUAGGUUCAUCAUUGUGUAUUAAUUUAUUAAUAAAGCAACAAAAAGAGUGCUAUGAUGAUUGUUUAUGUAUUUUGUUUUCUUUUCUCUACCAUGUGUGUUUGAGUGUGUAUUUUAUCUUUGUCUAUAUUAUUUAAUAAUUUAUUUUUAAGGAUUAUGUCUCAUUAACUAUAGAAAUUAAGUUUGUAAAAAAUAAACUAAAGUAAAAAUACAA